AAUUCUCUUGUACAAUUUCUCAAAUCAUCAUGUCUUGUCAAGAACCGGCUCAGUACCAAUACCCGGUUCUUGAUGAUGGAUUCACUCCCAAUGAAAUUCACGAACUCUUCUCCCUUUUUCAAUCAGAACCACCGGUCCAUUCAACCUCCGGUUCCCAGACAAUCCAUACGAAUAACUCCGCUGAAGAAACUAGGAAGCGAAAGAGGAUGAUAUCAAAUCGAGAAUCAGCCAGGCGGUCUCGAUGGCGGAAGAAGAUGCAGUUAGAAAACCUUAUAGUCGAAGUAAAUCGCCUGAAACUCGUGAACCAGGAAUUAAAAAACCGUUUGUGCACCAUCAAACAUGAAAGUCAUUUCGUUCUGAGAGAGUCGAAUGGGCUAAUAGUAGAAUCCUUGGAUCUCCAACAAAACUUGGUUGUUUUAUACGAAAUCCUGUCAUCCAUGCAACUGCAAUGAUCGAUAAUUAUCAUUACUGAGUCUUGCAUGCAGAAAGUGGUGUGGAGUUCUUGAUAUGAUUAAAGUACAGAGAAAUGUACAGAUUUAAUAUUCUAGUAUUGUAUCAAAUACAUUGAGACAACUAUAUGUCAAGAGUAUUAUGGCAAAUCACGUCUUGACGUGCCAUGUAAAAAUUCAAGUGCCGUUUGUGUUUUGAGGGAACUUUGAGCCAUUUCUUUUCCUACAGAUUUAUAUAUGUAAGUAUU